CACCUCGGGGCCCGUCGUGCUCCCCGCCCCACAGGACGCGCGGCUCGGCGCUGCUCGUGCUUAUCGUUUGCGCGCCAGGCAGAACCCGCCUUAUCUUCCCGAAGCAGCGGCGCCUACGGGCGGGCGGUCGCGGCCAGUCCUUGCUUCUCGGGCAGGGGGCAACGCUCGGGGCGGGGCGUCCCUCCUCGUCUGAGAAACUGGGCGACAGCUAAGUCCGGCCGCCUGUGGGAAGCGGCUAACCAAGUGCUGGCCAAUGCAGGACGCGCUCAAAAAGCGGCGUCAAUACCCUGACGCUGGGACCCCGCGUGGGGCGUGGGGCGGCAGGGGCGACAGAGCGCGCGCCGCGGCCGCAGGUGGGACGCGAACCCACGGACCACACGACGAGCCCUGCCCCGCCGGCCCGACGAGGGGGGCGCCGGGGCGGGGCCGCGCAUGCGCCACGGCAGCUAAAAGUCGGGUUCCGGAAGUCAACUCUGAGAAAUGACAUGGAGAAGUACGAGCGGAUCCGAGUGGUGGGGAGAGGCGCCUUCGGGAUUGUGCACCUGUGCUUGCGCAAGGCUGACCAGAAGCUGGUGAUUAUCAAGCAGAUCCCUGUGGAGCAGAUGACCAAGGAGGAGCGGCAGGCGGCCCAGAACGAGUGCCAGGUGCUCAAGCUGCUCAACCACCCUAAUGUCAUCGAAUACUACGAGAAUUUCCUGGAGGACAAGGCCCUCAUGAUCGCCAUGGAGUAUGCACCAGGUGGCACACUGGCGGAGUUCAUCCAGAAGCGCUGCAACUCCCUGCUGGAGGAGGAGACCAUCCUGCACUUCUUCGUGCAGAUCCUGCUGGCACUGCACCACGUGCACACCCACCUCAUCCUGCACCGGGACCUCAAGACCCAGAACAUCCUGCUGGACAAGCACCGCAUGGUGGUGAAGAUCGGUGACUUCGGCAUCUCUAAGAUCCUCAGCAGCAAAAGCAAGGCCUACACGGUGGUGGGCACGCCGUGUUACAUCUCCCCUGAGCUGUGUGAAGGCAAGCCCUACAACCAGAAGAGUGACAUCUGGGCUCUGGGCUGUGUGCUCUAUGAGCUGGCCAGCCUCAAGAGGGCCUUUGAGGCCGCCAACCUGCCAGCGUUGGUGCUGAAGAUCAUGAGCGGCACCUUUGCACCCAUCUCGGACCGGUACAGCCCUGAGCUCCGCCAGCUCGUACUCAGUCUGCUCAGCCUGGAGCCUGCCCAGCGGCCGCCGCUCAGCCACAUCAUGGCACAGCCCCUCUGCAUGCGAGCCCUCCUCAACCUGCACACUGACCUGGGCAGUGUCCGCAUGCGCAGGGCAGAGAAGUCCCUGGCCACCCGCCCACCGGUGGUGAGCAGGAGCAGCAGCGCCCGCUGCAGGGGCGUCCCUCGGGGACCCGGGAGGCCAGCCAUUCCGCCGCCACUGUCGUCCGUGUAUGCCUGGGGCGGCGGCCUCAGCGCCCCCCUGCGGCUACCGAUGCUCAACACAGAGGUGGUCCAAGUGGCCGCGGGGCGCACGCAGAAGGCGGGGGUCACUCGCUCUGGGCGCCUCAUCCUGUGGGAGGCCCCGCCCCUGGGCGCUGGUGGAGGCGCCCUGCUCCCCGGGGCUGUGGAGCAGCCGCAGGCACAGUUCGUGUCACGUUUCCUGGAAGGCCAGUCAGGCGUGACCAUCAAGCACGUGGCAUGCGGGGACCUCUUUACAGCCUGCCUGACCGACCGUGGCAUCAUCAUGACCUUUGGCAGUGGCAGCAAUGGGUGCCUGGGCCACGGGAGCCUCACCGACAUCAGCCAGCCCACCAUUGUGGAAGCUCUGCUGGGCUACGAGAUGGUACAAGUGGCUUGUGGGGCCUCUCACGUAUUGGCCCUGUCUACUGAGCGAGAGUUGUUUGCCUGGGGUCGCGGACAUGGUGGCAGGCUGGGACUGGGGACCAGGGACUCCCACAAUUGCCCCCAGCAGGUCCCCAUGCCCCCAGGGCAGGAUGCCCAGCGGAUUGUAUGUGGCAUUGACUCUUCCAUGGUGCUCACUGUGGCCGGCCUAGCGCUGGCCUGCGGGAGCAACAGGUUCAAUAAGCUGGGCCUGGACCGCGCUUCCCUGGGGGAGGAGCCUGCUCCCCACCAGCAAGUGGAGGAGGCCCUGAGUUUCACACCUCUAGGCUCUGCACCCCUGGACCAGGAGCCCCUGCUGAGCGUGGACCUGGGCACUGCUCACUCAGCUGCUGUGACUGCUUCUGGAGAUUGCUACACUUUCGGCAGCAAUCAGCAUGGGCAGUUGGGCAGCAGUGCUCGCCAAGGCAGCCGAGCACCAUGUCAGGUCCAGGGCCUCGAGGGCAUCAAGAUGGCGAUGGUGGCCUGUGGGGAUGCCUUCACCGUAGCCAUCGGGGCAGAGGGGGAAGUGUACUCUUGGGGCAAGGGAGCCCGAGGCCGCCUGGGAAGGCAGCCUGAGGAUGCUGGUCUCCCUCGGCCAGUGCAGCUGGAUGAGACACACCCUUACACCGUGACAUCAGUGUCCUGCUGCCACGGAAACACACUCCUGGCUGUUCGGCCCCUGGGGUCCAAGUGGCUCUUUACUACCAUUUCUGGUCCUGUGGGGCCCAGUGGGAGUGGCAGGGGACAGUGCUAGAGGCACAUCACCCCCUCCAGCCUCCAGAGGCUGCAGGAGUUCUCCUUGGUAUCCUGCAGCCAUCACAGAUGAGCCAGCUCCCACCUGAGGCCCCCUGGACCCAUCUCUGGAGCACCCACCCUGCUACGGCUUCUCUGUAAGCAUCCUGCAAAGUGCACACUGCUGAAUGCCAUGAGAGGGAAGGAAGGGCCUGCGAAGCCCCACCCCACUUCUGGCUUUGAGUAUGGAGGCUCCAACCCAGGACCUGCAUUGUGGCCACAGCAGGUUAAGCCAUGUGGACUCAGGUUCAAGCCCGACCGCUCCUCUUCCAAUCCAGCUCCCCUUUAAUGCACCUGGGAAAGCAGUGGAGGAUGGCCGAAGGCUUUGGGCUCCUGCCCCCAUGCGGAAGACCUGGAUGGAGGUCCAGCUUCGUAAUGUUGGCCUGGCCACUGCUGCCAUGUGGGUUUAGGAAACCUCUCUCUCUCAUUCUCUGGAACUCUACCUUUCAAAUAAAUCUUUCAACAAACCAAACCUCAACCCAAAAUGUUUCCCCAGCACCUCUCUUCUGAAUCUACUCCUGAGUGCAGCCUAGCUGGGGUCAAAGCUUGGCAAACUGGGUGGUCUCCAAUGCCUCCCAAGCUGGCAGAGCUGCCUGCCCCUGGUCCAGCUAGGAAAUGUGUCCCUGGAGCCCACAAGUGGGGGAGAGAGGUUCAAGUUUGAGAACAGGACAAGCCCAGGCCGCCCAGACAGGCCCUUUGGGCUGGCCUGCACCGCCCCCGCACCUUUAUCCAGCAGAAUAAGGUAAAUACAGGAGACCUGCAA